AUGAGUAAAAUUAUUGCGGUCACGGGUGCUACUGGCGCCCAGGGACGUGGUGUUGUUAAUAUUAUGAAGGGGACGGCGGGAUGGACAGUUAGGGCUAUCACGAGAAAUCCUGAAAGCGACAAGGCCAAGAAGCUGGCUUCAGAAGGCAUCGAGGUUGUACAGGCUAGCUUCGACGACGAAGCCUCCCUUGUCACCGCGUUCCAGGGAGUUCAUGCCGUCUUCGCUGUGACAAACUGGUGGGAGCACCUAUUCAUGGGUAAAUCGCAGGACGAGGCGGGAGCUCUGGAGGAGGAGCAGGGCAUGACGAUUGCUCGCGGCGCUGCUCAAACGCCGACCCUGGAGCAUUACAUCUGGUCCACCCUACCUAGCGGCAAGGCUGACUUCCCUGGCAAGCUUGUCACUCCGCACAUGGACUACAAGGCUGCUGUGGAUGCCCGGAUCAAGUCUGAGCUGCCCAAGCUGGCGAGCAAGACGACGUAUCUGUACCUCGGUUUCUAUCCGCAGAACUUCUUCACUUACCCCUCCAUCAAGCCUGUCCAAUAUCCCCCUGGAUCUGGAACAUACGUGCAGAUUCAACCCAGCAGGCCGGAUGCCAAAGUGCUUUUGGCCGGUGACCUGGACGUGAACCCAGGCAUCUGGGUUCGUCAAAUUCUUGCCAAGGGCCCCAUCACAUUCGGCAAGUACACCAACGUGGCUCUGGAAAAGUGGUCCUUAGAGCACAUGCUGGAAGUAUGGUCAGAGGUGACAGGCAAGAAGGGCAUCUUCAUCCCCUGCACACUCGAGAUCUUUGCCGCACUACAUGGCACUGCCGGCUACGAGUUGGGCUUACAACUCAAAUACGGCGAGCUGUGUGACCCUUGGGCAGUGAAAGAUAACUUCAUAGAUGCGAAGGAGCUCGAUAUAGACCCCAGCGAGGUGGUUGGCUUCAGAGGUGUCAUGGAGAAGCUCAAGCACUUGGCUUAG